GUUCUGUUUUCACCUUGAACUAUAUACGAAAUUCUGAGAUAUACCCGAACUUUAGAAGGGUCCUAUUACCCUGAACUAAUUAAAAUCGUAUUUUUACCAACCUUAGUGCCUACGUGGCACAUUAAUGAAUCAACACAUUACAGGUCCACGUAGGCAUACAUAUAUGCCACAUAGGCACUAAGUUUGCCACUAAUACGAUUUUAAUUAAUUCAGGGCAAUACGACCCUUCUAAAAUUCAUUCUCUCUCACUGAUUUCGUGUACAGUUCAGUGGAAACGGAGCAUCUUCCUAAAUGUAAUAUUGCCAAAUAUAAAUGUUAGUUGGACAAAAUGACAAAAAUAAUAAUGAUAUGAGCUAGUAGGACUGUCAUGAGAUAAGGUUCUGGAAAUGGACGACGAGCUCAAGAAAGCGGAGAGUCAUACCACAUCAGCUGCAGCUUUUGUGGAAGGAGGAAUUCAAGAUGCCUGUGAUGAUGCCUGCAGCAUUUGUCUUGAGGCUUUCUGCGAAAGUGAUCCUUCGACGCUAACAAGCUGCAAGCAUGAAUUUCACCUCCAGUGCAUCCUAGAAUGGCAUCAGAGAAGUUCUAAUUGUCCAAUGUGUUGGCAGCCCCUGAGUCUGAAAGAUCCUACGAGUCAAGAAUUGCUUGAGGCUGUGGAACAAGAGAGGACUCUUAGGUUUAAUCAGGCAAGAAAUGCUUCAGUGUUCCGUCGUCCUACUCUGUUAACCACGGGGAUGAGUGAGUCUGAACUCGAAGAGCGCAUUAUUCAGCAUUUGGCUGCUGCUGCAGCAAUGGGAAGGGGACGCCACUUUGGUCAACGAGAGGGCUCAAGAAAUCGGUCAUCUUCUCAUGGCCAUCCACAUUUUUUAGUGUUUUCAACUCAUCCUGAUUCAUCUCCUACUGCCGCUGCUGUUUCAGCUUCCGUUACUCCUGCUGAAUCAGAUUCUGGUCAAGCUAUUGCUGAUCCUUCUGUUCCUAUUACUGCUGUCCGCAGUGAGCCCGCACAUUUUUUGCCUCAACUUUCAUUUGAUCAAAGUAAUCAACUUUCCGCUUCAUCAUCUCGAUAUGUUCACCCGCAAACCGUUAACGAAGGAAUAUCUGUUGGUGAUAGAAGCUCUUCUAGUUCAUCUAUCACCAAAAACCAGGAUACAGCAGGACCAUCAGACUUCCAAUCACUAUCGGAAUCCUGGAAAUCUCGAUUUAAUUCAAUGUCAAUGAAAUAUAGAGAAUCAAUCUCGAGGAGUACACGAGGGUGGAAGGAGAGAUUGUUUUCUCGAAGUAAUUCUAUGGCAGCAGAUAUUGGUUCCGAAGUUAGGAGAGAAGUUAAUGCUGAAAUAGCUAAUGUAUCUCGCAUGAUGGAACGCUUCGAGACACGAGAAAAUAGAACAGACAAUAACAUACCGGAUCCUUCAAACGCGGAGCAGAGACACAAUGAUAGUAUGGUUGCUCAUAACGGAAGCAGAUUGAACGGAAAUAACUCUGCAACUUUUUCUGCAAGUUCAGCUCGGAAUUAAGUCAUAUUUAAUCACUUGCGCGGCAAUUGUCCUCAACAUUUCAUCUUUGAAAGGUUUUAGCUCAUCAUCACAUUCAAAUAUGAUACGCGAGGACGACGAUGACAACAACAACUACGCUUCAAUCCCAAACAAGAACACACAAUGUAAUAUAGUUUUAUCAAAGCUAAAGAUAUGUUGUUUGAGUAGAACAAAAGGAAUGAAUAACCAGAAAAAUGUUCUUUUUCAACUACCUGUAAAAUUGUUUAUAUUUUUGUGUAAAACAUGAACUAAGGGAUGUGUUCGGUACGAUUGGAAAAUGUUUUCUUGAAAAAUAAAUGAAUUUUUAUUUUUUUUUUGUA